AUGCCACCCCAGCCAAUAGAACACAAAUUCAAAAUUCUUAUGGCUACAAUGUCACAGUUCUCAAGUAACGAGAAAGACCUUCUCCCAGCUCCCAACUACACCAUUCUCGCAGAACAACUCGGAUUGCCUAGUUAUGCUUCUGCACAAGGAGUAUGGAGACGACUCACGGACGAACUGAAGGAGGGAGCGAAAGGAGAUCUCAAGAUUCGGGAUCCGCAAGCAGACAAAAAGAAGAAGAAGGAGAGUGCUGUCCAGCAAUGCGAAGAAGAUUCUCCGGUCAAGAAACGAGCAGCUGAGGAAUCGGACACGAUGGCGAACGAUUCUGAGCCCUCCCCUACCAAACGAUCGAAAGUCAGUGACGGCAAACGCGCCAUCAGAAAAUGA